UCGCUUCGCCUGGUUGCUUAGCUUCGUCUACUUCCCAACUCCCCCCCUGAAAAACCGAAGAGGAUUGGACUCGCUCCACCCCCGAAGCGUGUGUACGCACGCGCGCCUGCCCGCCCCCGCACGGCCAUGGCAGCAGCCGCCGCCGCCGCCGCCACCUCCUCGUCCCCGCCCCUAUCCACAAGCCCUAGGUAGCACGAGAGCCCCACGCCGCCAGAUCCCCGAGUCCCGCGCCGAUCUGAGCUUCCUAGCUAGAUUUCCGCGGCGAAAAGGGCGCGUUUUUUCAGCAGUUUUUUCUUCUUCUUUUCAUUCGGUCGGUUUUGGGAAGGAGAGGGCUGGAGUAAUGGAGCCCAGGGUCGGGAACAAGUUCCGGCUCGGCCGCAAGAUCGGGAGCGGCUCCUUCGGAGAGAUCUACCUCGGCACCAAUAUCCAGACGAACGAGGAGGUCGCGAUUAAGCUGGAAAAUGUGAAGACAAAGCAUCCUCAGUUGCUCUAUGAAUCAAAGAUCUAUAGGAUUCUGCAAGGAGGAACUGGAAUCCCAAACGUCAGAUGGUUUGGUGUAGAAGGAGACUACAAUGUCUUGGUUAUGGAUUUGCUUGGGCCAAGCCUUGAAGAUCUAUUUAAUUUCUGCAGCAGGAAAUUAUCUCUGAAGACUGUACUUAUGCUCGCUGAUCAGAUGAUAAACCGAGUGGAAUUUGUCCACUCCAAGUCUUUCCUACAUCGAGACAUCAAGCCAGAUAAUUUCCUCAUGGGUCUUGGCAGGCGAGCUAAUCAGGUCUACAUUAUAGACUUUGGCCUUGCUAAAAAAUACAGGGAUACCUCAACUCAUCAGCACAUCCCAUACAGGGAGAACAAGAACUUGACAGGAACUGCAAGAUAUGCUAGUGUGAACACCCAUCUUGGCAUUGAACAAAGCCGAAGAGAUGAUCUGGAAUCUCUUGGAUAUGUACUUAUGUACUUCCUGAGGGGCAGCCUUCCUUGGCAAGGUCUUAAAGCAGGAACAAAGAAGCAAAAGUAUGAGAAAAUCAGCGAGAAGAAAGUUGCAACAUCAAUUGAGGCUCUAUGCCGUGGUUAUCCUACUGAGUUUGCAUCAUAUUUCCAUUAUUGCCGCUCACUGCGGUUUGAUGACAAGCCUGACUAUUCAUACCUUAAGCGACUGUUCCGUGACCUUUUUAUUCGCGAAGGUUUUCAGUUUGACUAUGUUUUUGACUGGACAAUAUUGAAGUACCAACAAUCUCAAAUUGCCACUGCUCCACCCCGUGCGGUAGGUCAUGGUGCGGGACCUUCUGGAUUGGCACCUGCAUUACAGAAUGACAGGCAAUCAGGCCAUGAGGAAGCAAGGACUAGUGGUUGGUCAUCAAUGGAUCGACGUCGUACCCCACCCCCCAUCACAAGCGUGGGGACACUAUCUAAGCAGAAAGCACCUGUGGGGAAUGAUGUUACUACUUCUAAUGGUGCUGUGAUAUCAGCAUCGGGAAUAAACUUUUUGGGAAGGUCAAGUGGAUCUUCAAGGAGACCUGUUGUUUCGAGUAGCCGCGAUGCGGUGGCCACUGAUAGUUCUGAGCCUUCUCGAGCACGUACAACUGAUGCAAGCCCUGGGGCGCUCCGCAGAGCCUCAGGUCCUCAGAGAAGCUCACCUGUUCAUUCUGCAGAACAAAAGCGGUCAUCAUCAGGCCGGCAUCCAUCUAAUGUGAAGAACUAUGAUUCUACCCUCAAAGGCAUUGAAGGUCUUAACUUUGAUGGUGACGAGAGGGUUCAGUACUAGAGCUGCAAGAAAUUCUACAUCCACUCUGUAAAAAUCAUAAUCAGGUGGUUAGCAUUGCAUUUCCUGUUGAGUUUUGGAUCAACAGGAAAUAAAGUGCUGGGAGGAGGAUGUGAUCACGUGAAGUGUGGUUUAUCAGGUGGUCUUCUGGGCAAGGUAAAUAAAUGGUCUGUCUUGAGGCGCUUGAAACCUAGCUCAUAAUGUUAUGUAAAUGUCUUAUAGUUGGUCUGUCAGGCGCCCCUAUGAGUUCAUCAGUCUGUUUUAUUAUUCUAUUCCUUUGGAUGUUCCAUUUCGACUUGCUGAGUCUUGGGACAAGGAAAACUCCACUGGUAGAACUUGUAUUUGGAAAACUGAAAUUCGAGCAUGUAGAAUUCUAAUCACUCAAUUGAGCAAAUUUGUCUGAUCAUGUUUCUGACUAGUAAA